GUUAUAUUAACUGUGACUGUGCAAAACUCUCUAGUAUAUAUAUGUAUCGGUAUAUUAUCGUUCGCGUCUACCAUCGAGAGAUGAGCCGCUGGUGUUCCGAAGUCAUAGUUCGAGCUCCGAAGUGUGCGACAUAUGUUUGAAUUCAAACCUCAAACCGUCUCUGACGCUCCGAGCUCCGACCAUUAUUGGCAAGGUCGGUGAGACGUGGUUGACGUGUUUUUUUCACAAGUGAUUUCUCUGAUACCGCGAAAGUCAGAGUCGAUUUCGCAAAUUCGUCACCUAAAUGUGGUAAUUGGAAACAUACGUUGAUGUAUUAGCAGUAUUAGUGUUAGUGAUGCUGGUGAUGCUAACGAGUAGAUCAUCGGUUGACACCAUCAAAUUUUUUCCAAAAGUGAGCACAUAACCUCGCGAAAAACUUCGGAAGGCUGUAAAUUGGUACACGUUUCUAUCAUGUCGUCUGCUGAAUUGUCAAAACUGUACGGAAACAUUUUAAGAAAUAUAACAAAAAUAUCGAGUUUGAAGAAUUAGAACUACGAGAAAAUAUUACUAUAAACUUCUGAUAUUUUGUGUGUCCAUCGAAACGAAAAUCUAAAUUCUCCCGCAGUUACAGAUGUUGUAUAAAAAAAAACAUUUAUUUAAAAACCAAAAGGUGAUCAUAUUUUAGAUGAGUUUCAGGUACAAUUAGCAUUUAACCAACGUUGAUAGGCAAUAAAGGAAGAUACCAAAAAAAAGGAGCAAACAUGAGCAACACUCUGUCACAGCGAUUGAGCAAUCGACGAUUAAUCGUCGAUGUACUUGCUCUUAUGUUUGGGGUCGGAGCCUGGAUUGGUGUUAAUGGAAUUUAUGUACAGUUACCUUUAUUAGUCAAUACAGCACCCGAAGGAUGGGGUUUACCAGCUCAUAUGGUCAUGCUAGUACAGAUUGCUAAUUUGGGACCCAUUUUAUACACUCUUUAUACAAAGUACACAUCAUGGGUCAGAGAUCAUUACAUAAUAUAUGCUCUACUGGGCAUGGCAUCAGCGGCAAUAUUUGCAAUGGCGUUUACUUACGACAAGACAUCUGUGGUAUUCGGAGCUGAGCAUUCAACAGCAUUGCUCGGUUUGAUGUUUCUAACGGCGGUGGUGGGAUGCACGUCGUCAGUGUUAUUCAUGCCAUACAUGAGAAAUUACCGAGAAAUAUAUUUGGUAACGUAUUUGGUUGGAGAAGGACUUAGUGGAUUCGUGCCGAGUGUAGCAGCGCUUGUACAAGGAGUUGGCGGCAAUCCGGAAUGUGUGAACACUACGAAACCAGACGCGGAGAUUCGAAGUUAUAUGACAGUUUAUCCACAGCCGCGUUUUUCCAUCGAGAUAUUUUUUACUCUCGUCGGUACAUUGUUGUUUUUAAGUUUUCUCGCGUUCAUUGGCUUGAACAAGCUCGCGGUCGCGCGGGGCGAGAGAGUCAAACAACCGGGAAGCACUGAAACUUUGCCGACCGAAAUGAACGCGCCACCCAGUUACAAAACUACCGCUGGUUGGACGAUGUCAAAACCUUUGUACAAUUAUCUCUUGUGCAUGAUGGGCGUCAUUUGUUUUCUGGGCCACAGCACCUUGCCCAGCAUUCAAUCUUAUUCGUGUUUACCUUACGGUAACGUCGCCUAUCAUCUCACAGUCACUUUGGCCUCUAUGGCAAAUCCUCUAGCCAUGUGCUUAGGCUUUGUCCUCAAAGAUCCAAAGUCUCCAAACUUUCUCACUUGGCUCACAGGCGCUAUUCUCAUAUUAUCGAGCUUCGUACUUUAUCUCGCUGUGCAAUCUCCGACACCACCUUUCCAAGGCUCCUGGAUCGGUGAAUUUCUCGUUGUCAUUUCAUGGGUCUUGGUCAAUGGUCUUAUAGGCUUUGUCAAAAUGGGCAUUACCACGCUUUUCCGACCGGAUCCUGGCCGAGGACUCUAUUACAUUGGCGUUGCCACUCAGGUUGGCUCUCUCGCAGGUGCUAUCAUGAUUUUCGUCCUUGUCAAUCAUGCUGGAACUUUUAAAUCUUACGAACCCUGCUCAGCACUCAUGGCACACUGAACGAACUUCUUCCAGCGCCCGGGGAAUUAAAUAUUCAAUUUUUGAGAUGGCAAAGAGUAUCUCUAUUUUUCAUUCGAUAUGCUUACUUCGUUUGAACAAUGAAUUAUGGAGAACUGAGGAACACUAAAAAUUGUAAUUUUCUUCAUACUUACGGAAAUUCAUUUAGUCUGGUCAGGACGAAUGAAAAUUUAGUACAAAUUUCAAUCUGCAUUAGUACAGGGUGCCUCAUCACUAUUAAAUACGAACAAACAAUAGCGGUUGGGAUAAGCAUUCUUUCAUGAGCAUAAAACGUCUCUUUAUAAAACAAUUCUGCAGACAGAAAUUCAUAACAUUGAAUAAAUGAAGACGAUUAAGUUUGUUAUAAUGACAGAAAGAAGAAAUCAAGUCUGUGAAUAAUUUUCAUUCGAAACUUUCAAUUCGCAAGAUUUUUUUUGCUAAUGCAACCAACCACCCCGUACUAAUCGGUUUAGGAAAAAAAUUAUGUAAAAGACAAUUGUUCCUAUUUGGACAUUCCCUGCGAAUUAUCGAUUCUGGGAACGCUCAAUUUAUCCGCGACAUGCCUACGGCUUGAAAUACUUAUUUCUUAAAUGGAGUUAUUAAUAUUUAUCGGUCAAGAACUCUUCAGGGUAUCGAGUCUUCAAAAGGCAGAAUAAUUUGUUAAUUGUCAUCAACUUUUUAUUGCGAUUUCUCGUCUAGACGUGGCACGCUUUAUCGCGACUCCACUCGUCAAUCUUCUGCAAGUGUAAAUAUUGAAAAUAUAAUUGUAUCGUUUGAAAAUAAAUCAUAAAUAAGUUCGAUUCUUUGGGCAAAAAUCGGGCGCAAUCACGAGAAAAACUCGAUCAAGUGUUUCAAUAGGAACCAACUAAUCGCGUUCAAGGCAAUGUUAUUUGCUGCAGUGUUUUAGCUUCAAUCAUAUUAAGUGGGAUCAAUUGAUUGAUUUAAGGUUGCUCCGUACAGUCUCAUUGGGUGUGAUCAUGUACUUAUACAAAACUCAAUAGCAAUCAGGGGACAUAUUCAUAAAUUUAUAUUCUUUUCAAUUAUCAUUUCGUAUUAGCGAAUAUUUAUUUAUUUUUAAAUUAUACUUUUUUUCAAUGUUUUAAAUACCAAUUUCGUGCAAAAAAUAUUUGUUUUUUUGUUGUUUUCAAAAAUUAUCUUAUAUAUUUACUAUUUAUUUGACUAAAAUGGCAUUUUUGGUAAAAUGGUAAAAUUCGUUUGGCUACAAAAUCUGCUCCCAGAUUUAUAAACAUUGAAGUAUGCUUUACGCUGCUCUUCAUUUGAAAAAAGCAUUCAAACUGACACUGUUUCGAAUUUAUUCACAUACUGAAACUCUUAGUCUCUAUAAAUUAAAAAAUCGUCCAAUUUCAGUUGGGGAACGAACUCAAAAUUUCUGGAAUGAAAUUUUAUAAAUAGUCUUGGGGGUUUUCAGGCUUGUACAUACUUAAUUCCACCACGAAAGCUUCUGAACUGAUCUACAUUUUAUCAACUUGUACGAUAAAAAUCAUUCUAUAAAAAAAUAUUCGUUUUUGAUCACCAAAUUUUCUCGGAUUAAAAUGAUACAAUUAUUAUAUGAUGUUUCGCUGUAUCUUAGUUUUGUGUAGAAAAUUCUAACAACUAAUGAAGAACCGUUUAUCAGUUCGUUUUUUUCCAUCACUAGAAGCUUUUGGUUUUAUGGUCUCAUGUGUCAUGAUAUGAUGACACUUGUCUAUUUCCUUAUCUCUACCUUUUCAAACGAGCAUCGAAUGACUAGAUAUUGAAUAAAUUCAAUGAAAUGUUUACCCUUGCAACAUUCAUCCUUAUCUCUGAUAAUUUUCAAUUGUGAAAAAGAACGGAAUUUAUUUCGAACGAGUAAUGGACAAAGAAAAGCAAAUUGUGAGAAGAACUUUUCUUACAACUUUAAGUUCAUUCCUCCGUAUGUUUUAAUAUUAAUCUACACGAAAACAACACCCAAAAAACGUAUGUUAAACAGUGUCGCACUAAAUUGAACGACAUGCAUGAUAUCUCAAAGAAUAUGCGCGCAUAUUAUUGCGGGAAAAAAGUUAAUUACAAAAUUACACAAUGCUCGUUUCACGGUGACUAAAAUAAAAUAAAAUCCCAAUCGCGCUUUCACUACGAGUUUGAAGUUUGGGCGUGAAUCUGUGAAUACGUGUGGUGGAGUCGGUGGAGUCCUCGUCGCGUGAUCGUUAAAAUUUUUUGUUAAUGAUCUUUCGCGUGAGCAUAAAAUACGUCAUUGAACUUAUAGGUUGAGUUGUGAAAAAUAAGUGACUGAAGAAAAGCGACGCGGGUAAACACUUGAAAAUACGUUUAUUGUAUAAAUUAGGAAUUAUAACCUUCAAAAUAUUGUAAAAUAAUCGUGUCUAUUAUCAUCACCAGUUGGUAUUCAUGAUAAAACGUUGAUUAAGUUAUGAUGUAUGAAAAUGUGUAUUAGUUGAAUCCGCUACUUCUUUAUUUUUGGGACUUAAGUUGAAACUGAAAUCGAAGAUCAUUGAAGAUCAUAAGAAGUUAGCAUUCGUAAUGCAAUAAUACAGUUUUUGUAGGAAUAAAUAACGCUUUCAUCAUCA